AUGUUUCGGCCACAGCUCAGGCAGAUAGCGCUGCGCCGUGAACGGGCAAAAUUUGGUCUUUCUACAUCUGCUCGCCAGUUCUCCUGCACUCAUACAGUGGCCGAAGAUCGAAACCAGCAAUCCGGUAAGUACAUCAAAGGGAAGCAGGCAUUGAGCAAGAUAAAGUGCAGUUACGACCGUAAACCCAAUAUCCGCCCUUCAUCGGCCACACCCUCCCACCCACCUCGCAAUCCCAAUGGGCCGCCAGCUCGCACCAACCAGCCUCAAACUCGUCCUCCUCGAAUGAUUGACGCUAGAUCUUUUGCGGCGGCACGAGCUAGCGGUGGAGAGCAACCUAAGAUUAUCCGCAGCCCGAGAUCGCGCAACGUUCGGGGCGGCAACCAACCUCCAAACCGCAAACCAAAAUCCUCCGCCAAAGCCAAAGCCGCGAAAGGUAACCGAAAUGGCCCGCGCAGGAACGCAAGAUCUUCCGAGAAUGACGAGGGCGAAGAUGCCGAAGCGGCGGCCAUCGACCAAGUUCUGCAAGAGCAAAUCAUCAAAUCCCGGCCAACCCCUAUCCGCUAUGAACCCCAGGAGAUCAACUUCUAUACUUUGAAAGAGACCUGGCCUUCAAUCCCCACAGACGUGAACUCGCGCUCGGCUGCUGUAUAUGAAAAGCUUUCCAGCCUGAGCGGCCGCUUUGCCAAUGGCUAUAUCCCGCCAUAUGAGCUCGGAAGGCGCCUAUGGAAGGGCCAAAGCGUCCUGUUCCACAACGAGAAUGAUAAGGCCGAGGCUUUGGAAAAGACCAAACGAUUGGCUCAGCUUCGUGCCGAUCGAAUUUCACAGCGCAAGGGUGACCUUGUGGAGCCUCGGAACGUCGAGUUUAGUCCCAUUGACGCAGGCAACACCAAGUCUCUCAUGGAAACGUUUGUUCAGGGGAAAUACCCCGCGUCUGAAGUUGGGAAAGAUUCACAUGCCGUAUUGGGAGAGGUGUCGAAGAACCUCAGGAACAACGGGACCUACCAGACAACCGGGAAGACCUCACAGUUCAUGGCCAAGAUUGAAUCUCUUGUCUCUGCUGGCCGCAAGACGAAGAGCGUCUAA